GCGGAGCGCCACGUCGGCAGCGUUGAGCCAGGAGCCGUGAGCCGUGAGCCGUGAGCCGCCGAGCGGGUCGGUUCCGUGCAGACAGCGGACUGCUUGACCCCCGCCGAGUCCAGGAGCUGUGUGUUCACCGGUCGGGGAGCAGAGGGCAACCCAAGAAUGGUGAAGGUAUCGCAGGCGUCUUUAUCUUCUGUUAUUGUCAGAGGAAAGUUGUGAACGGUGCAGAGAUGAACCGAUCACCAUCGCAAAGCACUAAGGAGGAAAGCGUUCUGGAGCACGAACCAGAAGUUCCUGAUACUUCAAAGGACCACCCCAAGACAGAAGCUGGAAUGAUUUGGAAGGUCACUGGCGGCCUCUACAACAUCACCAAGGGAGCCGUCGGCGCCACAGUCGGAGGCGUGGUGUGGCUGGGCGGGAAAGGUCUGUCAGCGACCAAGACGGCCGUCACCUCUGUGCCGGCGGCUGGCGUUGGACUGGUGAAGGGUGGCAUGUCCGCGAUGGCAGGAGGUGUCUCCACAGUGGGCUCCACCGUGGCCAGCAAGGUCCCGUUUACCACCAAGAAGAAGGACAAAUCUGACUGAAGACUGGAUUGGCAGCGGCCAUUGAAAUGGGCACCUGGCACUUGGACUCUGCCAGAUGGAUUGGGGGAGGGGGGUGGGGUGGGGGAGAGGAUUUGCGACAUAUCACCUUUUGGUCUGAGGGGUUGCGUUUUGGGCCUUCUGAAUCUAUCAGCUUCUCGUGCACGGGGUUUUGUAUCUGGUUCCGUCUGGACCGAGGCCCAAGUCAGUGUGGAUCGCCAAGGGAGCUGGUGGACUUUAGUAUCCACCAGGUUGCAGGGGAGAAGCUUAACUGUUUUCAAGGGGAUGAUGGGGGAGAUGGGAGGGGAAGGGGAGAGAGCUUUUUGACAGCUCCUCAUCUCAAAUUCUGCCCCCCCCUCAGUAAAAAUAUAAUUGUUAUCUAGGCAUUCUUGUGUGUGACUGAGAGGGUCGCCAUCUCACGGGAGAGCACCCAAAACACAGGCUGAAAGCCCACUGCAGGUGUCCUGGUGUUGUGCAGUGAUUCAGGCUGAACACUCCAGUCUAAGUAGCUGUUUGAGCUGGGCUGGCCUGAUCCUUUUGGGUUUGACAAAUCUCAGCAAGGGAUUGGUAUUCCAAAUGACUGGCGUUUUGCUCAACAUCUUUGGUCACUUUUACUGAGGAGAUCCAGUCCUGCUCUGAAGUUGGCCAGUUCUGUUCCAUUUUCACAGCUGACCUACCCGCCAUUUUGUUUUGGUGAAUAUAAGCGGGGGUGUGGUGGUGGGGAAUGGCCGACACCCUCCAUUUUACGUACUCUGUGGCUCAGCUGAACGGCAAGUACAAAUGAAAGGAUGAAAACAGAGCAAUUCAUUGUUGAAAAGGCCCACAAGCUAGGCGGGAAGGGCACCCUGCCUGUUAUCACUGUGAAGGUCAGAAUUGGGACCCUCAUUGCUCGGGGGUGAUCUUGAAGUGUAGCACACAUUAAAAUGAUGGAGGAACUCAGCAGGUCGGGCAGCAUCUACGAACGGGAAAAAACUGUCAGCCCGAGACCCUUCACCAGGACUUCCCUGAUAAAGAGUCUCAGCCCGAAACUUCGGCUGUUUGUUCCUCUCUAAUAGAUGCUGCCUGACAUACUGAGUUCUGUCUGUGUUACUUUUGAGUGCAGGAUUAGCUUUGGUAACUAACCUGGGAACGGUCUGAGCCAUUCAGCGGCUUCAAUGUGCGUGAAAGGUGAACACAGACUUUUGUGUUUUAUGAUGCCGAGCGUUCAUGUGAAAAGAUAAGGGAAAAGAUUCUUCUAAACUUCUGAUGUUGUCAGGAAAGGUAAGUCACCUCAUGAUUCAUGAACAUAAAGAAUGUCCAUCUGUUGGUGUUGCCUGCUCUGGUGGGACCAUAUUUUGGAAGGUUUUAUCGAGUGACUUCUCUUCCCAGCUGCCUGAAUCCGAUCAGUCUUUCAUUCUUGGGGCCCUUGCAGUUCCUCUGGACUCCAACCCUGCGAGCACCCCGUCCGCAGUUUGACCAGUGCCCCACGUCACCCCGUCCGCAGUUUGACCAGUGCCUGACGGCACCCCGUCUGCAGUUUGACCAGUGCCUGACGGCACCCCGUCCGCAGUUUGACCAGUGCCCCACGUCACCCCGUCCGCAGUUUGACCAGUGCCCCACGUCACCCCGUCCGCAGUUUGACCAGUGCCCCACGUCACCCCGUCCGCAGUUUGACCAGUGCCCGACGGCACCCCGUCCACAGUUUGACCAGUGCCUCACGGCAUCCUGAAUCCACUGACAGUGGUGUAAUGGCAAAAAAUGCCCUUAGCUGUUUUUCAUUCCCUCCCGGAUGAUCUGGGAGAUCAGUCAUUGACUGAGAUCGCCUGGGAGGUGUGUGUCGCACACUUGACAAUCUCACGGUUGCCUUGACCCUCGGAUAUUCAUCCUGCCAUCUCCAAUGGACAGAGUGGGCUGAGAGCCUGCGAUAAUUGCAUCACUGUUGUCUUACAGAACCAUUUCAAAUUGUGGGGUUACGUACCACCUUUUUGUAAUCUAGGAAGGAGUUGUCAUGGAGUACAUGUAAUUGCAUGUUAUGAAAUUUGGAAUCUUUGACAAUGUGUAACGUUCAGAUGCUUUAUUUUUAAUCUGUGAGAGGCAAUGGACUUAAUUCCUCUCCACCUUGUUCAGGGGACUGCUAAAGAGAAUGCACCCAUUUUAUCACAUAACCACCUCUGACCUGGGUAUGAUGCAUUGUACUACAGCGUGUGUGUACACGUGUACGAACCUGGGACUCCCAACUCAACAGGCCUUUCAUCAGUGGACUUCUGCCUGCGCUGAGCCCGAAACAAGAUUAACCUGAAAAAGAAUGGUUUGAGGGUUUAAAGGAAAACAUAUUGUGUUCAGUUUACAGUUUUAAAAGCCACCUGCCCUCAAAGCCCGGCAGGUAUUUUCCAACCUCAGUUACAUUUUGGUCAGCUGAGCAGGCUGGAGCUGAGGUCCUUGCCUGUUUUCGGGCUGCCCGUUCACUGCCUGUACUGAUUUAUGCUGGAUGGACGAUGGCAUCCAGAACAUCAGUUAUCCUCAGAGUUGUGCCCACUCUCGGGGUGUGUUGCCAUCUCCCCACCAGCUUGUGGAAAGAGGCCGCAGUGUGAUGGUGGGCAGGAUUUGUAUGUGUCCUUACAAAGAAACUCGUUUUAUCAGUAUUGUAUUUUACACCUUUCUUUGAAUAAAUCUGUUUAGCAGAUCUCUGUGUGAUGUUCU